CUCAUCACACGAUUCAGCCUAUAGCAUUUUCCUGCAUACCAGCGGAGCACAGUCGCGAGUGCAGGAGCUUAGGUGGCCACGCACGUCACCUUGUAAAUAGUUAGGUUCUUACAAUACGGCUCGAAUCGUAAAAGUGUAUAUCUGUAUACAUAAACGACAUGAAGUUAGUUAUUUGCUGAUUGAAGAGUUUGAAUGGUUCUGUAAACUCUUAUUUUAUAUGUAAGAUAAAUAUUGUUAUGGAAUGACUUGUAAAUUCGUUUCAAAGAGUGAUUUCAGUUGUGGAAGGAGGUGGAAGUUAUUUGUAUAUUAAGGUACACAAUACCAAAUAAGAGAUACCCGAAUUAGCUGCAUAUAGAAAAACAUACCUCUAGGCACCAUGGUUAUCAUGACAGAAAGUAGCACGGGGUCUCAGACAAAUCCUACCCAGGGAAGGCCUCUUCAAGUCGGCUUCUACGAAAUCAUCCGUACUCUGGGAAAAGGAAACUUUGCUGUCGUCAAACUGGCCAGACACAAAGUGACGAAAACACAGGUUGCCAUUAAAAUAAUAGACAAGACCCGACUUAACUCCUCCAACCUGGAGAAGAUCUACAGAGAAGUGCAGAUCAUGAAACUGUUAAAUCAUCCACACAUUAUAAAGCUAUACCAGGUUAUGGAGACCAAAGACAUGCUUUACAUCGUGACAGAGUACGCAAAGAAUGGAGAGAUGUUUGACUAUUUGACAUCUAAUGGACGGAUGAGUGAGGGAGAGGCACGUAAGAAGUUCUGGCAGAUACUGACGGCGGUGGAUUACUGUCACAGGCACCACAUCGUCCACAGAGACCUAAAGACAGAGAAUCUGCUGCUCGACGCCAACAUGAACAUCAAACUGGCAGACUUUGGUUUUGGAAACUUUUAUAAUGCUGGCGAGCCUCUCUCCACAUGGUGUGGCAGCCCCCCCUACGCUGCCCCAGAGGUCUUUGAGGGGAAAGAGUAUGAAGGGCCGCAGCUGGAUAUUUGGAGCCUGGGUGUGGUUUUGUAUGUGCUUGUAUGUGGUUCGCUGCCCUUCGAUGGGACAAGCCUGCCCGCCUUGAGACAGAGAGUGACCGAGGGACGCUUCCGAAUACCCUUCUUCAUGUCACAAGACUGCGAGAACCUGAUCCGUAAGAUGCUGGUGGUGGACCCAAGCAAACGAAUCAGCAUUGCUCAGAUCAAACAGCAUCGCUGGAUGUUGGCAGACCCCAGCGCCCCACACCAGACUCUCUCCCACUCCCUGACCGAUUACAACUCCAACCUGGGAGACUACAGCGAACCUGUGCUGGGAAUCAUGCAAACCCUGGGAAUCGACCGGCAGAGAACCGUGGAGUCUCUCCAGAGUAGCAGCUACAACCACUUCUCAGCUAUUUACUAUUUGCUGUUGGAGAGGGUCAAAGAACACCGAAACCAGCAACUCAGCCGCCAGUGCGGGGGCUGGGGCCAGAGGUCCAGGAGCAUCUCCGAUUCUACUACCCCUGAGGUGAUAAUGGAAUCUUCAGACACCUUCAGAACAGCUUUCCCCGUCCCCGCAAAGAUGAACCCCCCCGUCCAUCCUGAGAUGGAAUGUGAUCAGAGCGGCCUGUUCCAGCGUGUGGUCUGUCCCAUGGAGGCCAGCCUGAACGGGCUGCUAUGGAACCGUUCCAUCUCCCCCAACAGUUUACUGGAAACCACCAUCAGCGAGGAGGUGCGUCCUCGGGACCUGGAGGAAGAGGAGGCAUCGCUUCAAGUCACACCCCCUCACCUGCCCAGCACCACCUCCCGCAGACACACGCUGGCCGAGGUCUCCGCCCGAUUCCACCAGUGCAACCCACCCUGUAUUGUGGUGUCAUCGGUCAGUCCCUCUGACGGAGCCUCUUCUGACAGCUGUCUAAAGUCAUCCUCUAACCCCCACCCGGCCCUGUCCCCUGCCGCAGAAGGCCUGGCAGCAAUGCUGGCCCCUGGGGCUGGCCUUGGGGCUGCUGCCCCCGCUGGAACUCCCCUCGCUCACUCUUCCAACCUGCUCCUCCAGAAUCAGGGCAGCCUGCACGCCGCCAGCUUCCAGGAGGGUCGCAGGGCCUCCGACACCUCCCUCACACAAGGGCUGAAGGCAUUUCGCCAACAGCUGAGGAAGAACACUCGCACCAAAGGCCUGCUUGGGCUCAAUAAAAUUAAGGGUCUGGCACGACAGGUGUGCCCUCCGACCUCUUGCCCCAGAGGAAGCCGGGGGUCACUCGGCCCCGCUCUGUGCUCCCCUUCUGGGCUUCAGAACUCCAACAGCCCCCGUGAGCGUCGCAGCAUGCUAGAGGAGGUCUUGCAUCAGCAGAGGAUGCUGCAGAUCCAGCACCAACCUCAGCCCCAACCACAGGUCCAGUCUCAGUCACAGCAACCAGUGCUGUUCCUUUCCAAGACUCACCAGCAUCCUCCUUCCCCUCCUCCCGCCAAUCUGUUCGCCCCUGCCGCCCUGUUCUCAGAGCCUCCCACCCAGAGCGCUGCCUCAACACACCUGCCGCUCUGCCAGCAGACUCCCCUGUCCCUCCAGCACAGUCUCUGGCAGCAGCAGCAGCAGCAGUCUCUGGACUCCUCUUCCACCUCCUCCUCUUCCUCCUCAUCAUCGUUGUCUCCAGUGGCAUCUGCCGCCCAUCUCCUGGAAGCUCGUCUGCACAUCAGCCAGCAUCCCCAUCUCCACUCUCACCCUCAGACCCACCAGCACCUCCAGGUCCGGCCGUUCGCCCAGACCCAGGGCUCCUUCCCUCUCAUGCCCCACCAAAGCACCUGGAGCAAUGCCAACCAAGAACCAGAGAUCCAGGAUCUUGCUUGUGCUGGACAACAGCAGCUCAGCAGCUGCGUGAUGGUCAAGUAGAGGAGACGAAGACGCUGAGUCAGAGGAAGAUCAGUGAAUGAAGUUGAACUUUUGGAGCCACGUUCGUUGCUACGAAGAAGCAUUUCAAGCGAACGAUUUAUAGUUCAGCCAAAAACGUUGAACUGAGACCUUUCGUCUUGCUCAGAGGACAGCAAAGGAAAAAAAAAAAAAAAAAAGAGUCUCAACAGAUGUUUUUGGUGAAACGUUGUUGAUGCGACGGAGGGAUGGAAGGAACGAUGCAAGUAACAGAACCUGCCAUCUCUGGAUAAACAUGCAAAUGCACCUCUGUGUUCAUUUGAGGUUUUUGGUCAUUUGCGAUAAGAGAAAAAGAAUAAAAAAGCAAUAACAGAACUCUUUGCAGAGGUUCGUCUCCAUUGGCAGAUAGCUGAAGCCUCCAAAAGCAAUAACUGACCAUGGCCCACAGGGUUCUUCUCAACUUGCUUCAACACAUCACCUCUGAGAGACCGUUUGAAAGACUUGACUGACAUCAGAGGACUUACAUCUGUACAUGCAAAAUGAUUGUCAGCAACAGCAAGACAGUUCUUCUUAUUUUGAGUGUGAGAAUAGGAAGGUUACGUCUUCCCCACGAGUUAUCCGUUGUUUUGUUUGUUUGUUUGUUUGUUUUUUCCAGGUUUGCUUUUACGUUUAGACUUGC